UUGUUGCCGGUGCCGGUGCCAGCUACAAUUGCAUCAGGAGCACCAGGCCGGGAAAUCUCCUCCCCACUCAUGAAACCGAGAGCUUGCUCCGCCGCCACCGACCACGGCUUGCUUCUGCUGAUCAGUCCAGUUCACCCCCUCUGCGGUACAGGCCCCCUCCUUCCUCCGUGCUCGUCGCUUCAAACCCCUCUCGCCAGCAGCAGCGCAAUCUAGGUUAGGGGCUGCACCAGAUGGAGUGUGAUUCAACAGGGCAACAAGGCAACCUGCCUCGUUGCUGUCUCCUCCUCCUUCGUCUUUUGCGCCCUAGAAAGCCCGGAGACCACGUGUGCUGGGGGUGUCUACGCAGAAGCCCACGACAAAUCCAGCCGUUGAUACGAAUUUUGUUGAGUCGUUGAUGGUCCAGCCGCACCCAACACACGUCCCUCCGCACCCUCUCUCUCGAUGUCCAGCACAUGUGCCGAAGGUGCACUACAUUUCGGAACAGCGUUUUUUAUUUUAUUCUGUUAUAAAUAAGGGGUAUUGGCUAACUUCCUCUGCUGUCUGUGUGCCCCCCUCAAGUUGGUCCGGGCGCCGCUGCGCCGGGCGCGGGUCGUGGAACUCACCGUCAGCAGAAAGGGAUACACUGGCAUCAGCAUGAAAAGGGUCUUAGCACGUCUGCUCGUCAUCUCUGCAGCCACAGGCGGGAUGGCAUUUCAGCUGAUGGCAUCCAGCAGCCGUAGUAGAUCCCCAACUCAGAUGAAAGCAUCUGCGUCCGAGAUCAUCUCUCGGCGAGCGCUAUUGGAGAAAGCAAGGUGCGCUGAGCACGUGCUCACGUGUAGAGGUAUUCUCACGACUUGUGCUCAUGUGGCAACGAGACAUGGAUGUGCUUGCCUUGACUAG